CUAAAGGGAUAUUAGAUAUUGAAAGAUUACGCGGCAGACACAAAAAUUUGAAAUGGCGUUGAGUACGGUUGCCAGACAGAUCGCUUCGGUUGUGAAGCUUUUCCCCGGUUUUCCUCUCAUUCUCCAGCUGUUGCUGUAGCCGGAGGAGUAAAAGAUAAAAUGCUCAAGUUUAUAGAGAAUAACCCCAACCUGUGUGAUACUGUUGCUGGGUCUCUAAAUACACCUAUUGGGACGAAGUUGUCGAAUUUGCAAGAAGAUCUUCUCUGGGAAGUUGCAUUGGUAGAGCCGAGCGUCUUAGCUGCUGGGAAAAUCAAGCCUAGUUCUAAGGAAAACCCAAAUUUAGUUAGUAGUUCAGACAUCAGAACUAUCCAGCAGUGUCACUGUGACCCACAUCAUCAUUAUACAAUGCACCUACUCCUCCAUCGUGAUCUGCCUACACGAUGUCAAUGUGGCCACUGGUUUCUUCUUGUUGAUGAAAAGACUUAUGAAGAAGAACGCGAGAAAAAGUGGGCAAAAAUAAAAGAUGAACCUGAAAAUGUUGAGCUGCUUAAACGAUUUGAAGAGUUGGAGAAAGAAAUGAAUAUUCUUUUGGCAGAAGGAAAAUCGAUGUCGUUGAAUACGCCUGGCUCUGAUGAGUUGAUGGACAAUAUAGCUAUUAAAUGGAAGGAAAUGAAGAAAAUCUAUGCUAAAAUGCGUAAAAAUAUGUUACUUGACUAAAUUUAUUUUAUUAGGUUUUUUUUAAAUAUUUGUCAUCUAAGUAGAGACGUUUACCUGGUCAUUGUAGUAAUAAUAACAAUAGACUAUAUUUUGAGUGGUCAUCAUGAGGGAGGGACAUCAGUAUAUAUAUAUUAGAAUGAAUAUCUAUUGUGUUUACUGAAUACAUAAAUAUUUUUCAUAAUUUAAUGUGUUUUACUAAUCAAAUAAUUUGUAUAAUUUUCGAUCAUCCUACUUCCUAGUGAGUGAGUGAUUUCGAUCUUGACUGAACGCGCCGCGCGUAGGCAAUUUACCUCCAUGAUAAUUGACAUAGUGAGUGAACCGUGGCAGACAGAUUACACAAGUGCUAGCUGGCUACUACUGACAGAAAGGAGGAGCCCAGAAGGGAAAUUGUGAGAUCCUAAAGAUAGCAAGUAUUUAGUAAGUCAAGGGUAUAGGAAGAUAAGUAUUGUUUGCUCAAGGGCAAGGCAUUAUUCUAGAGCGAAUGGCUGUUACUUGAUUAUUUCUAUUGGAGAUUUCAUAUGUGUAGUACUCGUUCUAGAAGUUUCAUUUUGAUAUUAUAU